UAUUGAAAUUUCAAUUGCCCCGAACGGUAGUAUGCGGACGAUACGCAGGCGCUAAGUUAAAUUAUACGAUCGAGUAGUCUGCCAUCUUGUUCUAUAAAUAAUUAGUGACGAAAAAUUGUAAGACGGAAUUAUUUCGAUAAAUUUAAUAGAAUUUUGUGUUAAACCAGUAUUGUGUUAUUCGAGUAUGUCAAUUUUCAAUAUAGAAUAGUAUCCUUCUCAGUAAUGACCGUCGUGAUACAAAAUGUCAUGCUACAAUCGUGGUUCGCAACGAUAUCGGCGCCAUACUCAAUAUUUUAGUGACUUCCUAUAACAAACUUUAAAAUUUAUUUCCAAGCAUAAUAAUUGUAAUUCAUUGGUACUAUUUACAUUGUAUAACAAUUCAAAUGGCUCGCGAAUACUCCCCGAGAGAUAGAAGUAUGAGUAUCUCCCCCGAACCCCAUAAGAGAGACUCUCCCGUAGAUUAUAAGCAUAAAAGUAGAUCGGGGUCUAGGUCCCCCAGUCAUAGUAGGCGACAUAAUGGUUAUAGAUCUCCGACACAUCAUAAAAAAUCACUUUAUGAAAAUAGGAAAGAAAGUGACUAUGAUAGUGAUUGGGAACAUUCACAUAAAGAUCAGGAUCGCGCCUGGGAUGGUGCAAGAAAGAAUUGCUCUCGUAGUCCCGAUUUUAGGGAUAGAGAAAGGGAUCGAGAUCGGGAAAGACGGCAUCAUCGAAAUCGUGAUAGAGACCGAGAGCAUAGGAGAAGACGAUCGAGGAGUAGUGGCUCUCGAUGGGAAAAAAAGGCCCGUGACAGGGACAGAUAUAGGGAUGAUGAAAGAGACAGUGAUAGUGAAAGAAGCCCUGGGAGUGCACCUAUCGGAGCUAGUGGAUCAGAAAUCAUUGGAUACAAAAGUCAACCUCCAAAUAAUACCAUAAUGAUACGAGGACUUGCCCAGCAUAUUUCUGAAUAUGAUAUAAGACAGGAUAUAAUUUCGUGCGAGUUGAUGCCAAAGGACAUUCGGCUUAUUAGGAAAAAAGAUACAGGUGCUUCCCGCGGUUUCGCCUUUGUCGAGUUUGCCACAUUGGGUGAGGCUGUUCGUUGGAUGGAGAUUAAACAGGGAGUGUUGAUGCUGCAAGACCACUAUCGUGCUAUAAUGCAAUAUAGUAUACCUAAAGAUUUGGGCUCUGCCGAUAAGCCACCUUCUUUCAAAGCUUCAGCUGAUUGGUUUUGCAUAAAGUGUGGGGCUCAAAACUUCAAAAGAAGAGAUAAUUGUUUCAAAUGUCAUGCAUCUAGAACUGAAAGUGAAGAAGGGGGUAGUGGUAGUGACGAAAUUUGUAAUUAUGCCACAAAAACAAUUAUGAUGAGAAAUUUGGAUGCAUUAACCACUGAAGAUUCAGUUAUGUCAGUUUUGAGCACAGCUAUACCUGAUCUAGUUAAAAGUAUAUCUGCCGUAUGUAUAGGAAGGGAUCCUCUCACUUCCACGUCCAGAGGACUCUGUUAUUUGGGAACAGAUAGUACCAUAGAUGCUUUAGCUAUAUUCGGAGCUUUAAAUAAUCUAAAAACACCCCUCACUAUUGAUGGAAAAUCUGUGAUAAUAUCUUAUUGUAAGUACAACAUGGGAGACACCAAAAAGGCAUAUUCACAAGCAGAUCACGAAGCAUUUCCCAAUGCAGCUGUACCUAGUACGUACGCAAUGACUGAUGUUGAUAGCUUAGCAGAGUACGCAGCUAGGCGUUAUGCCAAAUCUCCUCAAGAAUACAUGCAAUAUAUAGAUUAUUACAGAAGUUUCUUUACCCAGCAAAUCAGUGCAGGAAAUUCCAUAACACUCCAAGAAAAUCAAAUGGAUGCUGCCAAUGCUGCAGCAGCUGUAGCCCAAUCUGCUAUACAGCAAUUAAAUGCUAACAAAACUACUCCUAGCUAUUAUGAUGUACAGCAAACUCCAACUGGAACUGAUGGAAAAAAAUAUCCUGUUCCCGAUGUUUCUCGUUAUGUCUACGACAAAAAUACUGGUUACCAGUAUUGCUCAAUUACUGGCUUGUACUACGAUCCUAACUCUACAUAUUAUUGGAAUUCCCAGAUCCAAAAAUGGCUAUAUUGGGAUCAUGAUAAACAAACGUACAGCUUAGCACCAGUUUAUGAUUCUUUCAAUCAACAUCCUCAAGGAUCUACAGAAAAUAUGACACAAGAAUCUGACAAUAAGAAGCAGAAAGUGGAGAAACAGGAUAAAGUAAAAGUAGCAAAGAAAAUAGCAAAGGACAUGGAAAGAUGGGCCAAGACACUUAAUCAGAAAAAAGAAAAUGCUGUGUUAAAAGCUGCCAGUGACUCUAGUGUUAGUUCAAGUAGUGCUUCGGCAGAUAUUGGUUUCUCUGUACUAGAAAAGAAAACUUUGACACCUACAACAACUGCGCCCCCACCUUUUUUCAACACUGAUGUAGAAGAACCGAAUUCUUCAGUUUCUUCAGGACCUCUGGUUGCAGCCUAUGGAGGAGAAAGUGACUCAUCAGGUGAUGAGGAAGAAGAGCAACUCUUAGAUUACACAAAACUAAUAUGUAACUUGUGUAAAAGACAGUUGGGUUCACUAGAUGCAUUGAACAAACAUGCUAAGCUUUCUACCCUCCACAAACAAAAUUUAGAAGCUCGGAGUAAGAAAAAAUCGGAAAAGGCUAGCGAUAAAAUUGUGUAUCGUGAUAGAGCUAAAGAAAGGAGAAUGAAAUAUGGAGAUCCAGACACACCAAAACCCAGUAAAUUGAAAGAGAAAUAUCUCAAAGCUAGAGAUGUAGAGCUUCCAGUCUCCUCUGCUUCUGUAAUGGAACCCAUUGGAGCCGAAAACGUUGGAAAUCGGUUAUUGCAAAAGAUGGGGUGGAGUGAAGGGCAGGGCCUUGGAAAACAAAAUCAAGGAAGGACUACUAUCAUACAGGCGGAACAACACAGCAGCACUGUUGGUUUGGGAAGCAAGUUGCCAGGAUAUACAGCUUUAGCAGGAGAAAGUUAUAAAGACUGUGUAAAGAAAAUGAUGUAUGCUCGGUACCAAGAAUUGACGGAAAAAGAAAAUAGUAACUAGUUUUUAGUUUGUUAUUAUGUACAGCGUAAUUAAUAAUGAAAUUCGAAAUAUUUGAAAAUAAUUUUCAUAAGACUAUAAUGAAAGUAUGGUGAUGAUAACAUAUUCAUAUGCGAGUGUAGUACUCUAUUGAAGAUAAUCUAAGGAUACAGAACGGUUUUCACAAUUCUAUUUAUUUUUGGAAUAAAUGUAAACCCAAACUUUCAUUUUAGUCUGCAUCGUGAACGUUUUUUACGAAUCUAUUUCUACAUUGUUAGUUAUCAUUAUAGUGCCAAGUAUAAUUACAUAUAAUGUGCUAUUUAUAUUUUUUUUAUAAUCUAAUAGAUUACUAUUCAGUAGUUUUCUGUAAAAUGAAUUGUGAAGAUGUAAUUCGAGUUUGAUUUCAUAACUCAGGAAAUAUUUUUUUUCAUGAAAUAUAAUGUUAAUCAAAA